AUGCAGAACUUCAGGCCCGGCUCGCUCGGUGCGAGGAGCUCCUGGCCAACAGCCCCGACGCAAUCUUCAAAUAUCCCCUUUUACGAGAACAACCAGAUGAAUUGGAAGCCAGCUGGGAAGCUCGUAGUAGAAGAUGGCUCGGUUCGAUUCAUGGACAACUUUCUAUGGGCCUCGUUACGCUGUAUGAGAGAACUGGUGGACAAGGAAGACGAUGUACAAGGGAAAGAACAGCCCGAAUGGGAUCCCGGGGCUUCGAUGCCUGAUUACAGCGACUACCUGCUUGUUGGCGGCGAUUCUCCCGUUGAGCAGCACCCCGAAGACUUAUACCCCGAUGCGAGUCAAAUAUUCAGGUUAUGGCAAAUCUUCCUAGAGAGGGUAAACUCCCUAACUAAGAUCAUUCAUGCGCCAACACUGCAGCCUUGCGUGGUCGAAGCUGCCAGCAAUCCCGGCACUCUUCCGCAUAACGUCGAGGCUCUUCUCUUUGCGGUCUACAGCAUGUCCGUGGUUGCGAUGACCGAAGAGGAGUGCAGGAAUGUACUUGGUUCUAGUACCAAUGCUGCCUUUCGCCGGUUUGCGAGUGGCACAAGGAGAAGUCUGUUUCGGGCGGAGUUUCUCAAGUCACACGACUUGACGACGCUCCAGGCAUUAGUACUUCACAUGAUGUCAAUACAGGGUCGUUGCAACAUUCACGGCGCCUGGAUCUUGAAUGGUAUUUGCGUUAGAAUCGCCCAGAAGAUGGGUCUUCACCGAGAUGGGGAGUUGCUCGGGCUACCCCCUUUUGAGACAGAGAUGAGGCGUCGAAUUUGGUGGCAAAUCUUCAUGCUCGACUGCAAGUUCUCCAUGAUCUCUGGCCUCAGUCAAUCACUUCUCCCUCGGCCAAGUGACUGCAAGCUUCCGAAGAACCUGAAUGACGCCGACUUGCACACCGGCGCGACCGAGAGAUACAAAGAUCGCGAAGGCCCAACGGAAAUGGUCAUGCCCUUGCUCAUCUAUCAAAUCGGACACUGCAUGCGACAGCAACCCGAUAUCGAGGCUUUGAUGCUUUACAACGAGCUCAGUACGCUCAGUUCUGGGAGGAAGAGCAAAGUUCAGUCCGCUCAGAUUGGAUCCUUCAUCAAGACGCUCCAAGACCGACUCAAUGGCGUCAUAGACAAGAACUCCGACCCUUCGGCAGGUCCGGUCCACGAGUUUGCAUCACUCAUAAAAUCGUUGAUACUCCAAAAGGUGAAAGAGACAACAUGCCCGCCGCAAGAGCAGCCCGAGUGGGGGAGCGAAAUCCUGACGCCGAAGGAUAAUCUCUUCAAAUGGUCCGUUAUGACGACGGAACAAAACAUCAACGCGUACAAAUCGAACAAACAUCCCGGGUUUCACUGGUUUAUCAAGCUUAUUUUCCAAUACGACGUGGUCAUUUACAUGGUUGGACAACUUAGCCAGAGGACCACAGGAAGUCUGGUUGAACGAGGUUGGCAGCAGCUGCCCGCUGUCUACAAGUAUCAUCCCGAGUUCCUCGAUCCCUCCCAAGAGUACAACAUGGCUCUUGCCAAGUUUGUCUUGAAAGCUUGGAAGGUCAGAGAGGAUUAUCUCUGCUCCGAGCAUGGCAUUCAGCCAGAUGAGCCGAUCUAUGUGACCAAAAUAAGGGAGAUCCUGGUGCCACAUAUGAGCCGGGUCAGAGUAGGAACUGAGCAUACCUCUCAACACCCAAACCAUGGCGCAACUGAGGUAUCCCACGAUGCACACCCGCCGAUCGACCAUAUGUUCUCCAGGUAUCUAGAUGCCGCAGCUUCGUGGGAUCCGUUGGCAAUGACCGACCCGGACCUCAUCAAUCGGCAACUGACGUCGCUGGAAGGGCUGGAUAUGAGAACUCCGACCGGUUGGUAG